GAAAGAGAAAGGAACCAGAAGAGAGAGAGAGAGAGAGAGAGAGAGAGAGAGAGAGAGCAAGGGACCAGGAGCGAGCGAGAAAGAAGAGAAAAAAGGACCGGGAGAGAGAGAAAAGGGGACCGUGAGAGAGAGAGAGAGAAAAAAGGACCGGGAGAGAGAGAGAAAGGGACCGGGAGAGAGAGAGAGAGAGAGAGAGAAAGGGACCGGGAGAGAGAGAGA